CCCCACUAACCAUCGGAAUCUUACUCAUUCCGAUACUGCAUUCGUACCGAGCGUUUGUGCUCAAGUCUCGCUCCACCACUACGACUUAUAUAAUUUUCGAGUUUUACUUUUUCGUUUUACGAGUACAUUUCUUCUGUACUUUGUUGUUAAUUUUUUCAAUUUUCACCAAUUUCGAGUGUUAAUUUUGCAAUUUUUUUGUUCAUCAUUUCAUCGCUAUUUAGUGCGUCGUCGUCGUUUGAAUUACAUUCGUUUUAUUUUUCGUACAUACCAUUUUAUUGUGUUUGUGCGUGAUCGUGAUCGAUUACAUUGUCGAAUAAUUAGUUCUUCGUAAUUAUUAUUUACUCUGUUCCUGUCAAUUUUGAAUUCACCAGCAAUCAUCAUGUCUGCUGUCGAUGUUGAACAAUUGCAACCCAUCUCCAGAACUUACCAAUAUAGAAAGGUGAUGAAACCUAUGUUGGAAAGAAAACGCAGAGCACGUAUCAAUCGCUGCUUGGACGAACUGAAAGAAUUCAUUUUAUCGACUCUGCAAGCGGAAGGCGAAAACGUGAGCAAAUUGGAAAAAGCCGAUAUUCUGGAAUUCACGGUACAACAUUUGCACAAGCUUCGCCGCCAAAAUCGCCUCAACACGCCGGUCACCGAUGCGGACAGAUUUCGCGCCGGAUUCACGCAUUGCGCCUCCGAAGUGUCUCGUUGUCUGGCUUCGACGCCCGGAGUGGACGUAAAUUUGGGCACGAAAUUGAUGACGCAUCUAGGCCACCGUCUCAACGAAAUGGAGAAAACCACACCGCUCUCGGUGUCGACCGCCGAAAGAUACUCGCCCUCGCCGGCACCCAGUUCGCCGUCCAGCAUUUCGUCGUCCGAGUCGUACACUAUGCCGUUGACGCCGACUUCGAUGACCUCGUCCGGCAUCGGAAAUCACUGCUCCAGAAACAGCUCGCCUUGCCAUCCGGAAACGCAUUCGCAAUUUAACGCCAACGCCAACGGCCUGUUAACCGUCAUAGAUAUGCGUACCGCCAAUAAUUCGUCGCCCGUCUGGAGACCGUGGUAAAUUUCCUCCUCGUGACGCUUCUUGUGCUCUUUUCCCCCUUGGCCCUUAUCUACCUUUUGUCUUUCAUUUUUCCAUUUUCCCAAUUUCGUCGUGUUUCAUUCUUAAUCGUGGAAAUCGUUCUCACUUUCAUGAUCUUCAUAUUUUUAUAUAUGUACGUUAAUUUUACCCUUCUACGUGUACGAGUACUUAUUAGUAAUUAGCGGUUCUAAUUUUUGUAAUUACAAAAAUAUUAUCUUUAUCGCACGUAUUCGACGUAUUUAUUAGCUAUAAUACGAUAGAGCAAAAUUUCUAGCGCACAGUUUCGCGUAUAUCGUGUUUUGAUAUUUUACGUAGGUAUUUUGAAUCUUUUUUUUUUCUGAAUCGAAUUAUUGCGAUCAUUUUUGUUUGUGUUUGUGUUGUUUCAAUUGUUUCGUCGAAAACAUCUUGCGACGUAUCUACGAUAUGUGUAAUUUACGUAUUUUUGAAAUUCUUAUAAUUCGAUGCUCUUUGUUUGUUUUGUAAAUCGUCAUUUCGAUAUUUUUAUACCUACCUAUAUGUAGUUGUGUGUUUAAAAAUCUAAAAAUCGCUACAAAAUUGACGAAAAAAUGAUAAUUAUGUAUGUACUACUACUACUCGUACCUUGUACGCGAGUAAUGUGUGUGUUUUUCUCAAAUAAUAGAUGUAUAAGUUAUGUUGAUAUUUGUUAGGACUUUUUGUGUCUGUGAUAUUUUAUUAGUACGUUUCGCGUUUUGUCAAAUUUCUCCGAUGAUCUUGCUUUUCUGCAUUGUUUUUAUUUUUUAUUUCUUAGCGUAUAUUAGGUAAUGAUUAUCUAAAACGUUCACUCUGUGAUAGUAAAAAUAAAUACUAUUUUCAUUUCUUAA